GCGGCGGCGGCAGCAGCGGCGGCGGCGGCGGCGGCGGCCCCUCCUCACCCGAACCUCAGGGCCCUCCAGACCCAGGCGCCCCAACAAAUUCCUAGAGGACCUGUGCAGCAGCCUCUCGAGGAUCGAAUUUUCACUCCCACGGUCUCAGCAGUCUAUAGCACAGUAACACAAGUAGCACGGCAGCCGGGCCCACCGACCCCUUCCCCUUAUUCAGCACAUGAAAUAAACAAGGGGCAUCCAAAUCUUGCGGCAACGCCCCCGGGACAUGCAUCGUCCCCUGGACUCUCUCAAACCCCUUAUCCCUCUGGACAGAAUGCAGGUCCAACCACGUUGGUAUACCCUCAAGCCCCUCAGACAAUGAAUUCACAACCUCAAACCCGUUCUCCGUUUUUCCAGAGGCCACAAAUACAGCCUCCUAGAGCCACCAUCCCAAACAGCAGUCCUUCCAUUCGUCCUGGUGCACAGACCCCCACUGCAGUGUAUCAGGCCAAUCAGCACAUCAUGAUGGUCAAUCAUCUGCCCAUGCCAUACCCAGUGCCCCAGGGUCCUCAGUACUGUAUACCACAGUACCGUCAUAGUGGUCCUCCGUAUGUUGGCCCCCCACAACAGUAUCCAGUUCAACCACCAGGACCAGGUCCUUUUUAUCCUGGACCAGGACCAGGGGACUUCCCCAAUGCAUAUGGAACGCCUUUUUAUCCAAGUCAGCCAGUAUAUCAGUCUGCACCUAUCAUAGUGCCUACACAGCAACAGCCCCCUCCAGCCAAGAGAGAGAAAAAAACUAUAAGAAUUCGAGAUCCAAACCAAGGAGGUAAAGACAUAACUGAGGAGAUUAUGUCUGGAGGCGGCAGCAGAAAUCCCACUCCACCCAUAGGAAGACCCACAUCCACACCUACUCCUCCUCAGCAGCUGCCCGGCCAGGUCCCUGAGCGCAGCCCUGUGGUUUAUGGGACUGUGGAGAGCGCUCAUCUUGCUGCCAGCACGCCUGUCACCGCAGCUCGCGGCCAGAAGCAAGAAGAGAAGCCAAAACCAGAUCCAGUGUUAAAGUCUCCUUCCCCAGUCCUUAGGCUAGUCUUUAGUGGGGAGAAGAAGGAACAAAUAGGCCAGACCUCUGAGACUACUACCGUAGAAUCCAUACCAGAGCUUCCUCUGCCUCCAUCACCUACCACUGUUUCUCCAGUUGCUGGAAGUACGGUUGCUUCCCCCACCUCUGCUACUCUUAGUCAACCAGUAUUCACUGCUGCUGUAGGUGACAGACUUGAACUCUCUUCCUCAAAAGAAGAUACAGUUCCUAUACUCAACCCUACAUCUUGCGCAGAAACAUCAAACCCUUCAACAACAGUUGAAAUUGACGACGAUAUAUGCAAGAAACCUUGUAGUGUAGCACCUAAUGAUAUUCCACUGAUUACUAGUACUAACCUAGUUAAUGAAAUGAAUGGAGUUAGUGAAAAAUCUCCAACCACGGAAAGCAUUGUGGAAAUGGUAAAGCAUGAGGUGUUGCCACUGACUCUUGAAUUGGAAAUUCUGGAAAAUCCUCCAGAAGAAAUGAAAGUGGAGCAUAUUCCACUUCCCAUCACCCCUUCCACAGUUUCUUCCUUUUCUCCAGCUCCUCCAACUCCUCUAGCUUCUCCUCCCACUUCAGUCAUUGUUGUUACCACCACUACUGCUAAUAUUCUGAGUGCUCCCACUGUAGUCCAGAGAGUCUUAGAAGAGGAAGAGAGCAUAAGAACUUGCCUUAUUGAAGAUGCAAAAGAGAUUCAAAACAAAACUGAGGUAGAAGCAGAUGGGCAAACAGAAGAGAUUAUGGAUUCUCAGAAUUUAAAUUCAAGAAAGAGUCCUGUUCCAGCUCCAACAGUUACAACUCUACCAAAGACAUGGAAGAAACCAAAAGAUCGAACCCGGACCACUGAAGAGGUGUUAGAGGCAGAAUUGGAGCCUAAGCUUGAAGAGGAGUGUUCAAUUGACAGAAUACUUGAAUCUGAACCUGAUAAAAUGAGCCAAGGAUUUCAUCCUGAGGGAGAACCCUCUGACCUAAAAAAGGUGAAAGCUGUGGAAGAAAAUGGAGAAGAAGCUGAGCCUGUGCAUAAUGGUGCUGAGAGUAUUUCAGAGGGUGACGGAGCGGAUGCUAAUUCAGGUUCCACCGAUAGUUCUGGUGACGGGAUCACAUUCCCAUUUAAACCAGAAUCCUGGAAGCCUGCUCACACUGAAGGCAAGAAACAGUAUGACAGGGAUUUUCUGCUAGACUUCCAGUUUAUGCCAGCCUGUAUCCAGAAGCCCGAGGGAUUGCCUCCCAUCAGUGAUGUAGUUCUUGACAAGAUCAACCAGCCCAAAUUGCCAGUGCGAACACUGGAUCCUAGGAUUUUGCCUCGAGGACCAGACUUUACUCCAGCCUUUGCAGAUUUUGGAAGGCAAACACCUGGUGGAAGAGGUGUACCUCUGUUGAAUGUUGGACCACGGAGGUCUCAGCCUGGCCAGAGAAGGGAACCCAGAAAGAUCAUCACAGUUUCUGUAAAAGAAGAUGUGCACUUAAAAAAGGCAGAGAAUGCCUGGAAGCCCAGCCAAAAACGAGAUAGCCAAACUGAGGAUCCCGAAAAUAUUAAAACCCAGGAACUUUUUAGAAAAGUUCGAAGUAUCUUAAAUAAAUUGACACCACAGAUGUUCAACCAACUGAUGAAGCAAGUGGCAGGACUUACCGUUGACACAGAGGAGCGGCUGAAAGGAGUCAUUGACCUGGUCUUUGAGAAGGCUAUUGAUGAACCCAGUUUCUCUGUGGCUUACGCAAACAUGUGUCGAUGUUUAGUAACGCUGAAAGUGCCCAUGGCAGAUAAGCCUGGUAAUACAGUAAAUUUCCGGAAGCUGUUACUAAACCGUUGCCAGAAGGAGUUUGAAAAAGAUAAAGCAGAUGAUGAUGUCUUUGAGAAAAAGCAGAAAGAACUUGAAGCUGCCAGUGCUCCGGAGGAGAAGACAAGACUUCAUGAUGAACUGGAAGAAGCCAAGGACAAAGCCCGGAGGAGAUCUAUUGGUAACAUUAAGUUUAUUGGAGAACUCUUUAAACUCAAAAUGCUGACUGAAGCCAUCAUGCAUGACUGUGUGGUAAAGCUGUUAAAGAACCAUGACGAAGAAUCCCUAGAGUGCCUGUGUCGCCUUCUCACUACCAUUGGCAAAGACCUGGACUUUGAGAAAGCAAAGCCACGUAUGGACCAGUACUUUAAUCAGAUGGAAAAAAUUGUGAAGGAAAGAAAAACCUCAUCUAGGAUUCGAUUCAUGCUCCAAGAUGUGAUAGACCUAAGACUGUGUAAUUGGGUAUCUCGAAGAGCAGAUCAAGGGCCUAAAACUAUUGAACAGAUUCAUAAAGAGGCCAAAAUAGAAGAACAAGAAGAGCAAAGAAAGGUCCAACAGCUCAUGACCAAAGAGAAGAGAAGACCAGGUGUCCAGAGAGUGGAUGAAGGUGGGUGGAACACUGUACAAGGACCCAAAAACAGUCGAGUACUAGAUCCAUCAAAAUUCCUGAAAAUAACUAAGCCCACAAUUGAUGAGAAAAUUCAGCUGGUACCUAAAGCACAGCUGGGGAGCUGGGGAAAAGGCAGCAGUGGUGGCGCGAAGGCAAGUGAGACUGAUGCUUUACGGUCAACUACUUCCAGUUUAAAUAGAUUCUCUGCUCUGCAACCUCCAGUGCCCUCUGGAUCCACAUCAGCUACACCUUUAGAGUUUGAUUCCCGAAGAACCUUAAGCAGUCGUGGAAGCAUGAGCAGAGAGAAGAACGACAAGCCGCUUCCGUCUGCAACAGCUCGUCCAAACACUUUCAUGAGGGGCGGUAGCAGUAAAGACCUAUUAGACAAUCAGUCUCAGGAAGAGCAGCGGAGAGAGAUGCUGGAGACCGUGAAACAGCUGACGGGAGGUACAGAGGUGGAAAGGAAUAACACAGAGGCUGACCGAAGCAAGGCAAGGGAGGCAGGGAAAGCGGAAAUUUCAACAAUGUCAGCCCCUGAGAAGUGUACAUUAUCAGAAGAAGAAAUGGAGAGGAAGUCUAGACCUAUCAUUGAUGAAUUUCUACACAUUAAUGAUUUUAAGGAAGCCAUGCAAUGUGUGGAAGAGCUGAAUGCCCAGGGCCUGCUACAUGUGUUCGUGCGAGUGGGAGUAGAGUCUACCCUAGAGAGGAGCCAGAUCACCAGAGAUCACAUGGGUCAGUUACUGUAUCAGCUGGUACAGUCAGGAAAACUCAGCAAACAGGACUUUUUCAAAGGUUUUUCAGAAACCUUAGAGUUGGCAGAUGAUAUGGCCAUUGAUAUUCCCCACAUUUGGUUGUACCUUGCUGAACUUGUGACCCCUAUGCUAAAAGAAGGUGGAAUCACCAUGAGAGAACUUAUUAUAGAAUUUAGUAAACCUUUACUUCCUGUUGGAAGAGCUGGGGUCUUGCUGUCCGAAAUACUGCACCUUCUAUGCAAACAAAUGAGCCAUAAGAAAGUUGGAGCCUUAUGGAGGGAGGCUGACCUCAGCUGGAAGGACUUUUUACCAGAAGGGGAAGAUGUACAUAAUUUUCUCUUGGAGCAGAAGUUGGACUUUUUAGAGUUUGACAGUUCCUGUUCCUCUGAAGCACUUUCAAAAAAAGAACUUUCUGCUGACGAGUUGUAUCAGCGCCUCGAGAAACUCAUUAUUGAGGAGAAAGCGAAUGAUGAACAGAUCUUUGACUGGGUAGAGGCUAAUCUAGAUGAGAGCCAAAUGAGUUCACCUACAUUCCUUAGAGCUUUAAUGACAGCUGUUUGUAAAGCAGCUAUUAUAGCUGACUGUUCUACCUUCAGAGUGGAUACUACUGUUAUAAAGCAGAGAGUACCGAUCUUACUCAAAUACCUGGACUCAGAUACAGAGAAAGAACUGCAAGCACUUUAUGCAUUACAAGCAUCAAUAGUAAAACUUGAUCAACCUGCCAAUUUGCUCCGGAUGUUCUUUGAUUGCCUGUACGACGAGGAGGUGAUCUCUGAGGAUGCCUUCUACAAAUGGGAGAGCAGCAAGGACCCUGCAGAGCAGAACGGGAAGGGCGUGGCCCUGAAAUCUGUCACAGCAUUUUUCACAUGGCUGAGGGAAGCAGAAGAGGAAUCUGAGGAUAACUAAAACUUCAAAUACACAAAACAAAACAAACAAAACAAAACAAAAAAGAAACAACUUAAGUAUUUUUUUAAAAAGUUUCACGUCUUCGCCAAUCACAGUGCAGCAAGGCCAAUUCUCACAGGAACCCCAUAUGUACACAAUGGGAAGGGAAAGAGAAAGACGGUGAUCAUGGAGGACAGAGGUACUGGAGACGAGUAAACUUCAAACCUGAGGGCGGGAGCACUAAAACCAAAAUACAUGUAUUAUUUAUAGGAAAUAUUUUCUGUUUUAAUCUUUUCUUUUUAAACAAGGACUCAUACUUUAAAAAAAAAAUAUGUUUAGCAAAAAAAAAAAACAAAAAAAAGUGAGAACUCUUAAUUUAUUUUAAGGACUGCAAAUGCCAGUGUGUAAUUUUUUAAUUUGCAGUUUCUGUAAACAACUUGUAUAAUAGUAAAACAGAGAAAUAAAUUUCCCUCCCCUUCAGAUGCACCUCAUGUUUGUUUUAAGGCAUAGUAGUUAGUCCAGAUUUGAGAAGGUUUGGGGUGAACAAAAUAAGAAAGGUAUUCUUUUUUUCUUUUUCUUUUUUCUGGCAUCAAAUCUUCUGCCUGCCUCUCAGUUUGCUUCAGAAAAAAAAAAAAAAAAAAAAAAUCACAAUAGCAAUUAAAACAUACAUAACCUUGGAAAAGAAGGAAAUGCUAUGGACCAGAGAACUCCAAGAAUUGUUCAAAACAAGUGCUACCCUGGAAAAAGUACUCAAUACUUUUGAAAUCUUUAGAGCAACUUUAAGGCUUGUAAAUACAUAGAACAAAUAUUUAAAAA